UUUUUAGAAAAAAAUUCGGUAUAUUGAUAUAUCGAUAGUUUUUGCCCAAUCCUAAUUUGACGUAAUCUAAAAAGGUCAAGAUAAAGAGUACAGUAAUAAGAUAAGUUAAUACCAUUUUUCAUGUUUUUCGUGUCUUUGAUGUGAAUAACGUGAUCAUCGUAAUCAACAAAAUGCAACCAGAACUUCAUACACAUUCUGAUUUGUACUCAAAGUCGUUUCCGAACUUUAAUCGUCCAAAAGUAAUAGGUUAUAUUGGUUUGGAAAAUUUAAUGUAUGCUAGAAAUAUAGGCAAUAAAAAUGUACAUUUUGAUCUCAAUCUGCAUCUGGACAAAGCAAAACGUAAGCCGACUAAUUUAGAUGUAAAACUAAAUGAUUUACUACAAUUCCUAUUAGAACAUGAAAGAAGAUUAAAUUUUUCAUUAGAACGGAAUUUGAGUAACGCAAGAAUUUUUUGCUAUAGGGGACUAAUGACAUGUGUGGCAUGCACUCCGUAUGAAAAUAAAGAUCCUUGGAAAAUUGCUGUCAUAUUAUUUAAAGGCAAUAUAUUUUUAUGCGCACGAGACACUGAAGAAAAGAUAUAUCAGAAAUGUCAUAUGACAGAACAAGAUAAGAAAUUUACGUCAUGGGGUUAUAAAUUUGAACAGUAUAUGUUGUCUGAGAGCCCAGAUGCAGAACCCGUUCCUGAUGUACCAGUGGAUGAAACAAAAGAGUUUUCUCUAGUUUUUACCACCAAUUUGAAUCAGCACACUAUAGUAUAUGGUGCUGAAAUGGAUGGGAUUCGUUGUGAUAAGGCUCCUGUAACAACAGUCCCAACUGGUGAAAACCCAGAUAGAAUAGUUCAAUAUUUGUCUGAUAAAGAGUUUGUGGAACUAAAAACAAAUAGACAUAUUCAGUUUGCAAAGCAAGAAACUAAUUUCAGGAGAUUUAAAACAAAGAAGUGGUGGUGUCAAUCUUUUCUCGCUGAUAUAGACACUAUUGUAUGUGGAUUCAGAGAUGAUAAUGGAAUUGUUGAGGAAUUGAAAGUGUACCCAAUUAGAGAGCUUGCUAAAAUAUCAGAGAGAUUUUGGAAACCUAACGUUUGUUUUAAUUUUUUGGAUACAUUUUUCACAUAUGUGAAAAGAUGUUUAGCUCGAAAAAUAAAACACAAAUAUGGAGAAAAUGCAUUAAAGAAUGUUCAUUCUUUACCAAUGACUUCAUUACUUUUGGAAUGGAGGCCUGGUAUGCCUGUACAAGUUUCAGAGUGUUAUGACCAUGAAAGCGACCCCAUAUUAUUCAAAGACUUUCUAGAAAAUUAUGGCAAAUCAUAUGAGAUACCUUCUUGAAUGUUUGAAUCAAAACAAAAUAUCAGAAAGGUUUCAUCACGGUUUUGCAGUACUUAUGUAUGAAGAUAGGUCGACGAUCUCAAUGAAGUGAAGUGAUUAGUACAUUCAGUCUGCACUGUGGAGUUUAAGCAAAUAUUGUGACAUGGGAUAGAU